AUGUUGAUGAUUUAUGUCGCUAUUUUUACUUUAUUUCUUGCAUCAAGGAUUUCAUCUCUUCCGGCGCCAUCCACUCUUUAUUCAGCUGUUAUCUAUAAUGCACGGAAGACACCAAUUCAAUGUGUUACAUUCUGGAGUUCUUAUUCAGUUCCUAAUUUUAAAAUUGGCCCCUUUACUAUUCAAAGUAAUAGAUAUAAAAUAUUAAGCGAGGUAGAAUUUAAUUUUGGAAGUUGGCGUGGAGCGGGAAUAAUAAAGAAAAUUCAAUGCGGAAAAUUGGUACUUACUGCUCCAUUUCAAAAUGUUCGAACAGCAACAAGAAAUUGGGAAUUCCGUGUUCAACCAAAUAAAAUUGUGUCGGUUGGCCCAAGUUCAUAUAAAACUGAUAAAUGUUAA